GCCAGGCACUGGACGCCUACAUAAACACUGCUGGGACUCCCGCCUCCGACUCAGUCGAGUCCAGCCUCGUCUUGUGUGAACUACUCUGCUUUCUUGUGAAUAACAUACUCGGUCAUUAUCUUUACGAAGAAAGCUAACAAGGGAUAAAGAUGAAUAACGACGAAAAUGACCCUUUUUUGGGGGAGUUUCCUGAUGACCCUGCAGGUGUGGAGAUGAAUUUUCCUUGGCCGGAUUUUGAUCAGGAUCUGGUUGGCACCCUCCAUGUACAAUCAUUCAGCGAAGAUCCACCUCAAGAUAGUAUUCCUUUGCAUCUCCAUUAUAACAAUGAAACUAAUGACAAGAAGGUGGUGGAAGAAAAUGACCUGAUCAUGAGGAACACUUUUGAUCUGAAUAUUCCUGUGGAGCAAGUUUUUAAAUCAGAACCCAUACCUGAUUUAGAGAGAGCAAUAGAAUUUUUCACCAGGAGCCCUGAGGAGUUGGGUUUUCGUAUUGAAGACAGUACACGCCCAAGGAACAAGCCAUAUGUGAUGGAGGACAAUAUUCUCUUCAUUAAACCUUCAAAGGAAGUGAAGGUAAAAGUUUUGGGUGCACAGAGGGGACAGAUUGUGAAGCUGUCCCUGCGAUACAAAACGAAGACGUUCUACCAGCAGCCGGUCCUGGCCUGCUCGGAGCACAAGAAGAAGGAUGGAGAAAACCCACUUGCUACAUUCUAUGUAUUAUCAAAAAGAAUUCCCAUCACUUAUAUGCUGGAAAACGAGCAUCCCACAGCCCUCAUCACCCUGACUGAGGAGGAAGGUUUUUGUUUUUAUCCGGUCUUUAGAUGCUGGAACUUCUGUGGCAAGAAGUUCGGGAAGAGCCAGGAAAUGAUCCUGACUUUGUGUAAUGCAAGAGAUGAAGUGUUGAAGGAGACAACCUAUGAUGUGCGGGUGUGUGAGAAUGUUGCCCGAGACCUGCGUCAGUACAGGAAAGAGAGGGAUGAGAAGCAUCUCAAAAGGACUUCGACCAAGAGAUCUUGCCGCGAAAUGGAAAAUGAAGGUCAGGCAAGUGAAAACCUGCAGGAAAUGGGCCCACCGCCAUCCAAGGCUCGUUACUUCAUGGUGAAGAUGGAGGACCCUAAGCUAGUGCCUGCUCUGAAGGAAAUUGCCAAGGUGGGAGGGGACAUAGUUGAGCUUGAUUCAGCUACUGAACCUGAGAAAUGUUUCCAGUGCAGUAAUACGUGUUAGGCGGUCGUAAAUCUGCCUCACCCUGAUAACAGAAUGUAGCCUCUUUGGAAUGCUACAGAAAGAGCUCCUACUAACAGACUGGUGCAGGAGUGUGACCAGGGAAGGAGGAGGGGAUCCAGUACAGCUUAUAAAGGUCAGACUUUGACAGAAUCGAAGCUCUUUACUCUUACAUAAUGUAAAGAAAAGCAAAUUCUCGUUCAAAUUUUCUUGCAGUUUUGAGAAGUAUCCUUCAUCCAUAAUUAAUCUAUCAAUCUAGAUAUCUGGCUGUUAUUCAACACAUUGGGUGGCCCAUACAAAGCAUUACACACUCAUACAUACAUUUAUACACUCUUUUGGACAACUAUUUUACACCCCACUUAGACAUAUCACAGCUGGCCAUAUACUUCUACAGCAAGGCCCAUAUAUUAAUACUUUAAAUAAAUUAGUCACUAAUUUAUGCACAUCAUGAACUGGGACUUGAUAAGCUGUCUGUUUUGAAACCUUUUUAGGAAGCAGUGAUAAAGUAUACUUUUAUGCAUGAUUUUAUUUGCUCUUGGCCAAUCUCUUUUUAAGAUAUAAAGUAAAGAACGUACAAGCUCUCUCUCUCUCUCUCUCUCUCUCUCUCUCUCUCUCUCUCUCUCUCUCUCUCUCUCUCUCUCUCUCUCUCUCUCUCUCUCUCUCCUCUCCUCUCCUCUCCUCUCCUCUCCUCUCCUCUCCUCUCCUCUCUCUCUCUCUCUCUCUCUCUCUCUCUCUCUCUCUCUCUCUCUCUCUCUCUCUCUCUCUCUCUCUCUCUCUCUCUCAGAGAUGGUAUCAUUGGACCUCUUCCCCCCCCUCAUCACUGCUCACUCCUGCAAACUACAGUACUCCUGAAUACUUAAGCUAGUGGGAGCUGUUUCUGAUGGUAUUCUUUCUUUUCAUGUCGUUAUGUUAAUUCGUUGAUAACUUUUAUGUAAUAGCGUUGGGCAGAAAGUGUAUGGUGUGAACUUUAUUUUUGGCAAAGCUCAUCAUCUGCAAUGAACAAUCUGUGGGACUAUUUUACAUUAAAUUAUGUGAUUGUAGUUGUAUUGUAUGGCUUGUAUCUGAAUAUAAUCUUGAAGGCCACAGAAAGGAUGUGGAAUUUCUUGUUGAAACAAUUAAAAUAAGAUUUGACAGACACUUGAAGCCCUGGAGUGUUAUGUUGAGGAGGGAGUGGCAUUCAUCAUCUCACCACUACACAUACUUACACACACACACACACACACACGCACACACGCACGCACGCACGCACGCACGCACGCACGCACGCACGCACGCACGCACGCACGCACACACAGCUUCAGAAUGUGAGGAACAGGCAAGGGAAUGUUGGUUGGAGAUACAUGCUGUGGCUUAGUUAGGUGGAAGAUUUUUUUAUCACCUAAUACUUGAAAUUUUACUAGAAUAUGAUUCCUGAUUUAAGUUAGUGAAGCAAUGCAUGGCCCAAUCACCCUUGUCUUACUUCAUGUCAUCCACUCCCUCCCUUACUAAACACCAUCAAAUCUAAAACAUAAGUACAUGUUGAGUAUAUAGUUUGUGAUGAAAAAAGUAUGUAUAUCGUGUCAUGUUUUAAAAAUGGGACACAUCUUGACGGCUAUUCCUGCAUCACAUUACUGCCCAGGAACAGUUUGUGGUCAGGGUCAAGAUUAUCGUCAAAAAACCUGUUAACUAAUUUCCAAACUUGGAUCUUAGAAAGGGGAGGCAGAUAUAUCUUUAAGGAAGUUAAAGCUAUAUUGCCAUGAGUAUACUUGAAUAGCUCCAAAAGAUAAAGCAGAAAUAUAUAGUAAUAGUGUGGGGUGUCCAUCCCUACAUUCUUAUAAAAGUGGUUUCUUCCUCUUUUAUACUUAAUGAAAGAAAAUUGAUGUGCUACAGCAAAAGUAUUGCACAUUUCCCCACAUCCAGCAGGUGCCAGCCUCACUCCUUGCUUAUGUAUCUUCACAUUUUUUUAUGGCAAGUGAAGUACAGCACCAGAUGCAACAUGCUGUGCUGGUGAUAAGGCACUGCCACACCACAGCAUGUGAAGGGUGUGGGAUGCUUUCCUGCAGUCCUGUAUUGAGGCGCUCUACCCAAAUAGAGGUUUCACUGCCAUGAGAGGGAAAUUACUUUGUUUAAUGUGUGUGGUCUCAGGAAAAGUGGGAUCUGAUCAUACACUGAUUUUAAAAGUAAUUCUCUGGACUGUUGUCCCAUGGGUGGAUGUUUCCACACCUCUUUGUCAAGGAAGCCCUCAGGAUGUUCCUGAUCAUGUUAGAGGGAAUCUGGGGGAACUUUGUUGUAGAUGUUACUGAAACAGGAGAAUGAGAUAGUCAUUCCUCUGCCAUGCAGACAGGAGAGAGAGAGAGGUAAUCAUUCCUCUAAUCUCUGCAAGAGGAUAUUUCUGUGUUACAUUUUAAUAUUCUUAUCUACCAAGUUCCAGAUUUGUGUGACAUUUGUUUGGAAUUUUGAAAUAACUCAUAAUUCAUAUUUGGUGCCACAAUGCAUGCCUGAUGUGCUACUAGAGCAUCUUUGCAAGUUAAGACAUGACGUUGAUGUGUAUGUAAGUGUAGUGCACUGCUAUGUAAUGCAGCCCUGUGGGUUCCUAGAGCCUAUUGCACAGGAUUUUUGCUGCGAGUGUUCUGGGAGACAUGUCGGGAUGUGUCUGAUUUUGGUAUAGAUGGAACCACAGCACAUCAGGAUCAUUGUUGAGAAUUUUUGUAAUUGAAUAAGGUAACAAACAAUUUCAGAUACAAUUUUUGUUAAGUGUAAGACAGCACCUUUCCAGAAAAGAACCUUUAUACAUAUAUUGAAGAUCUUUUCAUAUUGACAUUGUUUUUGUUUUGAUGUUUUGCAGUGAUUUACUUUAAGUCAAUGUUUUUGUUUUGAUGUUUUGCAGUUAUUUACUUUAAGGUAUACAUAAUAACAAUGGACAAAAAAAGUUCAGUUGGCAGUUACAAAAUAUCUCAGAUUUAUUGUUUUUUUGUGUUGGCUACAUCUGAUACUCAUUCCUUCAUUUCAUUAGAAGGAAAGGUACUGGGUUGAGGAAGAUUUUGACCACCGACUAACAAUGGCACUGUGUCAAGCAAUUUUAUUUUUAGAGCUUUGUGUAUGGUUGUCUAAAAGUGUUAUUUCAUCUUGAGUUGAUUAAGACCUCACCCCAUAAUUCUAGGUCAUUGCAAAAUUUGUUUCUUCAGAAUCCAGUUUGGAAAGCUUUGAUUUGUAGACAUUGAGUCAAUAAGAGCACAUAAAAAUGCCCGAUUCCUGCUUUAUUGCUACGCAUGUGGAAACGAAACACCCUAAGAACUCCAAGCCAAUCGAUCAUGUCUGGCUUAUAACAAAACUUUGGAACAAAGCCACUAUUGAUUUCUUAUAUCCAUCUUUGAGUUUGAAACAAAUGUAAAUUAAAUUCUAAAGUAACACGAAUGCAAGAAUUGACUAAGAAAGACACUACUGUGCUGGUGGAUGACCUUGUAGAAAUUGACUGGCAGUUUGAGAACAAAUUUGAUGAGUGAGGGGGUAUUGUGCUGAAGUACAUGAGAGAAAGGAGAAGGGCAAGAAUGAUAGAUGUGGUUCAAGCAGGGGAGGGAUGAUAUAGUACGAGUACAAGUAGAGGAACGAUGAUAGUUGCUUCCAUUAUUGGUUUCUUGGUUCAAGACAGUCCUUCAUCUCUUCAUCUUUGGCAAAAGGACUUUAGAUAGUGUAGGUUAAUUUUCAAUUUAGAGUAAAGGGCGGGGAAAAAAAAAAAGUGUACACAAUGAUAUGUAUGGUUACAGUAAGUCUCCACAUAGCAGACAUGUGCAGUAUUUAGUUAGUAGUAUGUACCAUUAUUAUGCUUCUUUACUAAUCUUUAUCUUGCAUGUUUUAGAUUACAUGUUAAGUAUAUGUAACAGUAUCUUAUGGCAUAAUAAAUUGAUUAAAUGCC